GCGACCGCACAGUUCUUUUUUAGCCGCGGAGCCAGUAAGACGUGUUUUCUCCCCCAGAAGAACACACUACGCUCUUUCUUUGAGUCUGCGAGUGCUUCUCAAAACAAUUAACAACCACAGCAGUAGGAAACAGAAACCAUCGUGUCGGAAAUUGUUUGUGUUUUUAAAUAAGUUGCAGCGCGAAAAGCUUGAUGAAAAAUGCAAAAGAAUCUGAGAAACUAAGCGAAAACUUGACUUGAGUGUUGGUUGAUAAAUCGAAAAAAAAAAAAUAUAUAUAUAUAUAUAACAACGACGAAAACUAAUUUAACUAACAAAAAACUGCACAAAAAAUGCGAAAGUUUUUAAUAUUCAAAAUCUUGCACAAGAAAUACAAAAUCAAUUAAAGUGAACUCUAACUGAAAGGUUUAAAACAAAAACCAAGAAUAAUAAACAAAAUAUAAAAGCCAGCGAAGAACAAUCCGUAGAAGAGCGAAGCUAAAACAAAAAGCAGGAAGAAGCGGCAGGAAGGAAACGGGAUAAAAAAGGAAGGAAGCACCCACACACACGCACCUACAAUGGCCGUGCCCUUUUUUUUGCCCGAGGGCAGCACCGAUGACGUAGCCUCCAGCUCAUCGGGUGCCUCGGGCAACUCCUCCCCACACAACCACCCGCACAGCCACCCACACGCCCACAACCACAGCCAUCCCCCGCUUUCUGCGCACUCCUCGAGCGCAUCCUCCUCGUCGUCGGGAGUGUCCUCCGCCUCCUCCUCAUCAUCAUCCGCUUCGUCCUCUUCAUCGUCUGACGGCGCCAGCAGCGUCGCCUCACAGUCCCCGAACACCACAUCCUCGGCCACGCAGACUCCGAUGCAGUCGCCUCUGCCCACUGACCAGGUGCUCUAUGCCCUCUGCGAGUGGGUCAGGAUCUAUCAGAGCCAGCAGAGCGCCCCUCAAAUCUUCCAGUAUCCACCGCCGCAGAGUCCCUCCUGCAAUUACACAGGCGGCGAUAUAUUCUUUCCUCACGGCCACCCGAAUCCGCACCCGCGCACACCCCGCACCAGCGUGAGCUUCUCCUCCGGCGAGGAGUAUAACUUUUACCGACAGCAGCAACAGCAACAGCAGCAGGCGCAACAACAUUUGCCUUACCCGGCGCCAUCGACACCGCAACCGAUGCCACCACAACCGCCGCAGUCAGCGCCGGCGAUGCACUGCAGCCACAGUUAUCCGCAGCAGUCGCCCCACCUGCUGCAUCCCGGCUAUGGGCCAUAUUAUGCCACCUAUACGCCACCGCCCACACCGAAUACGGCCAGUGCCGGCACCUCGACCUCCUCGGCGGCCUUCGGCUGGCACAACCAUGUCCAUAGUCCCUCGCUGGCGUCCACGCCACUGGCGCCCAAGAUGCGUCUGCAGCGGAGCCAGUUUGAUGCGGCCAGACGCAAGCGAUUGACCUCGACGGGCGAGGAUGAGCGCGAGUAUCAGAGCGACCAUGAGGCCAGUUGGGAGUUUGAGUUUGAUGAUCGCUACGACAAUUUUACGGCCGGACGGGAGCGUUUGCAGGAGUUCAAUGGACGUAUACCGCCCCGGAAGAAGAAGAACAGCCAUAGUCAUAGUCACAGUCACAGCAACAGCGGCAGCAGCAGCGGCAACAACAGCAAUAAUAAUAAUCCAAACAGCCAAAAUAUAAACCAAGCCAGCAACACCUCCACCAAUGCGGAGAGUGGCAGCAGCAGCAGCAGUUGCAGCCACAACAGUCACAGCCAGCAGCAGCAGCAGCAGCGACAGGUGGAGCGAGAGCAACAAAGGAGACAGGCUGAUAAGAAGAGCUUCACCUGGCCCACAGUGGUGACUGUUGUCGUUUUGGCCAUGGGUUGUGGAUUUUUUGCGGCGCGAUGAAACCAGCACCGAAAAAAGGAGACAAAUUCGAAUGAUCUAUAGUGAAUUCAGUAUGCCGAUUGAUCUAUAUAUAUAAUUCUAAGAUUUAUAGCAAAACCCUAAAUAAGUGCAACGAAUUUAUUGAACAGCAGAAAGUCAUUAAUUCGUAAACCGUUUGUUAUAUAUACAUCCGAUAAAUAUGUGUGUAUGCCUAAAGUUAAGAAGGUUGACGGGACACAAGAACAAUAUAUGUAUUCUAUCUGUCAAAUUGCAUUUUCUAACGAAAACGAAACAGUGCUUUCCUCAAAGUAAACAAUUCAAACUGCUCAAAGUAAUAGUAAGAGACUGGCAAGAGACUCAAAAUCAAACUUAUUUUUGUACAACCUUUUGAACAACGUGGAAAAAUAUAGAAAAUAUUUACAAACUAAAUUAAAAACAAGUACAAAAUAAGAAAGAAAAAACUACUGCCAAUUCUUGAGAUACUUUUGGAUAAACUUUGCCUUUUUUUCUGUUGCAUUUAAUCAUUUACAAUUGCAUUUUCUUCAACCAUAAAAAACUUGUAUUUCUAAUUUAGAACAAAAUAAUAAUAAUAAACAGCAAUUUCAAUGUCUUCGCAUUUGUAAUUCCAAAUUGCAAGCAAAA